AUGGCCCAGAAAUCCUCAUCACCUUUACCGGCCAAGGUGCCAGUGCUUUUACUCAAGACAAAGUCUGCCCCGGGUGACUCGUAUGAGGACCUCUUCACUCUCGAAAACGAAGGGCCGGCCUUCGAGCCGGAAUUUGUCCCAGUCCUGCAUCACACCUUCCAAGAGCCUGGCAUGGCUGCAGUAAGGGAUGCAUUGCACCGUCGCAGGGUGAACAGUGGCGCAGAUGCAUCAUACGGCGGCCUGAUCUUUACAUCGCAGCGAGCCGUCGAGGCGUUUUCGAGCGUGGUUGCGGAGAAGAAGGGUGUCGACGAAAAGUGGCCUCAUCUUCAGGACGUGCCGGUAUACAGCGUCGGUCCGGCCACCACCCGAGCACUCAGGUCCGUCUCACAGGAGCCGCCGUUGCAGAUUUUUGGCGAGCAUACCGGCAACGGCGACGCCCUGGCCAAGUUCAUACUGGAACACUACGGCCAAUGGUAUCAGGGCCAGUCAAACAAGCCUCCUGUGCUGUUCCUCGUCGGCGAGCAGAGGCGGGAUAUCAUUCCCAAGACCCUCAUGGAUGCGAAUUUGCCGAGUGACCGGAGGGUCCAAGUGGAUGAAGUCGUCGUAUACGGAACGGGUGAGAUGGCAUCUUUCCCCCACGACUUUGCAAAAGCUCUCGAGGCCACCGAGGAUCGGCCGGCGCGCUGGGUCGUCGUGUUCUCGCCGACAGGCUGCGACAGUAUGCUGCGCGGUCUUGGGUUGCUGGAUGAGUCUACAGGCAGGGCCAAGAGGGACGGGCUCCAGGAGCGCAAGACGUUCAUUGCAACCAUUGGUCCGACAACAAGAGACUAUCUCAGACGCACGUUUGGCUGUGAGCCAGAUGUUUGUGCCGAGGAACCAAGUCCAGACGGCGUCAAACGUGGCAUUAUUCAAUUCAUGAAGAGGCACAUUUAA